AUGACGACGCAACUGCUCGCCAACGAGUUGGCGAACCUCAUACACGAGAGCAAGAGGAAGCAUAAUGACUUGAGACAGGCGGCUGAAAAGUCUCUUGAGGAGCUCAAGCAGCUUGGCAGCGUAUCUGAGCAAGCAGCCCCAGAAUUGCUCUCGCAAAAACCCAACUUUGUCAACCCCUUCAUCAUAGCAUGCGGGACGAAAAACGCAAAGUUCACCGCCAUCGCCAUUGUAUGCCUCCAGCGGCUCAUCGUCGCCAAGGCCUUGCCCAAGUCCAAGCUCAACCAAGUCCUGGAGGCGUUGAUGCAGGCGUCUUCUGCUGGGCUAGAUGUUCAGCUCAAGAUUCUGCAGGCUCUGCCGUCUUUGCUGCAGAACUACUCUGCCGAGUUGAAUGGGAAUUUGCUAGUGACAGCGUUGAACAUUUGCUUCAUUUUGCAAAGUAGCAAGAAUGCGAUUGUGAAUAAUACAAGUGCCGCAACGCUGCAGCAGUUGGUUGUUUCGGUAUUUGAUAAAGUUGUUUCAGAAGAUAAGAAUGGACCAGAUGCUCCGGUGGUUGGUGAAGCGCCCUCUGCGGAUGGGACGGUUCAGCUUCGUGCAGCGGCUCUUGAUGCAUACAGAAUCUUCAACGACCUAUGCCUCAUGACUGAGAACCAGAGACCCGAGUUCUUGAGAUUCUCGAGCCUUCCACAAACCUUCGGGCUGGAGCUGAUUGAGUCUGUCAUAACAAAUCACGCCUCUGUAUUCACUACACACGCUGAGCAGGCCCAUAUUCUUCGCGUCAGAGUAAUGCCUCUCAUUGUCAGCGCUCUCAAGGGCAGGCCUUCCUUUGCUACCACAGUCAGGCUUGUCCGCAUUCUGUACACAAUGCUGCGAAGACACAUCGACAUUUUGCCAAAGGAAUGCGGUGACGCUCUGGAAAUCCUCACACACCUACUGGACCAGGAUUCGGCAUUGUGGAAGAGAGCACUCUGCAUGGAAGUAUUCAGAAGCAUAUUUAGCGACUACGUCUUGGUGCGAAAGAUAUUCUCCCUGUAUGAUGACAAAAAGGGGGAGAGGGAUAUCAUCAAGACACUGGCAGCAACCUUUGUUAGGCUAAGCACAGAAAAGCCUGCAGUAAUCGGGCUUGGUCAUCAGUCUACCAUGCCAAUGUCCGAUCCGUCGACAAAUCUUGCUCAAUCCACAGAUCAGGCGAUGCUUGAGGCCGGCAUGAGUGGCAUAAUUAGUAGCUCCAUCAAUUCUGAAGCUUCAAACACGGGCAUCAGCACUCAAUGGAGCUCUAUUAGAGUACCUUGCAUUGACCAACUUGACAAGACCGACCCGCCGUCCAUCCCCGAAUCAUACGUCUACAGCCUGAUUCUGUCGUGUCUCUCAUCUUUAUCUGACGGUUUGGCCAAGUUUAUCCUACCCCUUACGGUCCCUAGCGAGAGCCGCAGCCGCCGCAAGGCCUCGAAGCACGAUUCUGGUCGAGACUCUCCCGCGUCCUCUGAUCUGCCGGAGAAGAAAUUAGCAGGCUUAGAACGGACAGCUUCUUUUAAAAAGAAUCCGGUUCCCGUCAAUCCGCUUCAACUUAAAGAUCACCCAAUGUACCCGGACAUCAAAAUUUGCGCCGCCAUUGUUGAUGAAUGCUGGCCUGCCAUUCUUGCAACGUUCUCUACAUUCUUAUACGCUGCUCUCGAUUCCGAGUAUUAUCACAGCCUGGUGCGAUCGUUUCAGAGAUUUGCCCAUGUAUCUGGCCUGCUGCAGCUUACUACUCCUAGAGACGCCUUCUUGUCAACACUGGGCAAGUCUGCUGUGCCGCCUAAUUUGCUCACUGCUUGUAUGAACUCGGGCCAGCCCAAAUCUGUGGCGCCCAGCACCCCGUCUGACACGGCAAACACACUCUUCAGCAAUGCCCGUGGUCUUUUAAGUGUUGAGACAUUAACACCGGCCUCUCCUUCAGCAGAAAAGCAACGGAAUGUCUCCUUUGACGCCGCCGCAGUGUCGUUGAACACUCGGAAUCUGCUCUGUUUGCGAGCCCUUCUCAACCUCGGGAUUGCGCUUGGCCCAACCUUGGGCUCAGCAUGGGGCAUCAUCUUUGAGACCUUGCAACAGGCGGAUUUCGUAUUGUUUGCCACUGGCAAGGCACCUGGUCGAACCCCGUCCAUAGGCCGCGGAGCCGAACACGGCGGUGAUUCCGAUUCAUUAAUGGCCAACUUUAAUAAUGAGAUAAGAUCUGUUGAAACUGCUGCCUCGCGAUUGAUCGAAAGCACUGUUGACUUCCCCAACGCACCUUUCGUCGAAGUAGUCGAAGCGGUGUGUAAUCUCCUAGAGCAAAACCUUCCAGAGAAACCGGAAGCGGGUGACUCUGCUUCUCCGUCACCCAUCGAGUCCUCGCAGAAGCAGCUUGGCCAUGGCCAUCGCCGCGUGUUGAGCUUUUCCACCACUGUUUCUGCAUCGCCAAAUCAAGAAUUUUUGUUCGCACUGGCCAAACUUGGUGAAAUCGCGAAUGUGAACUUGGAAAGGCUUCUGAUGAAUAACCCAGCGGCAUCGGGUUGGAAUAUCUUGACAAAUGAGAUCAUCCACGCACUUGAUUCCCCCAUUCUAGGCGCCCAUGUGAGGGUUAAAGCUGCAGAGACGCUCUCCCGCUUUAUCCUCGAAGCAGCUACGGCAACAACGUCGAUACCGAAAGACAGCAGAGGUUCGGUGCAGCUAAGGCUGCUUUCAUCCUUGCGGGAUGCACUGACAGCUCUUAACCAGAACGCUCGCUCUGCAUCAGUAGCCAGUGUGGCGACAGACAUUGAGGUUCACAGAAUCAUCCUGGAAGGUUUAAAGAGUUUGGUCGAGGGCUGUGGUGAGAGCCUGGUGAGUGGCUGGGAUAUUGCGUUCGACAUCAUUGGCAGCGGAUUCGUGACCUCGAAUGCUAUUCAGGAACGUAGACGGCGUCCAGAGGCCGGAUUGCUCUCCACACGAUCACCCAAGCUGACUCGAUCGGCGUUCGGCUCAUUGCAGCUUAUUUGCUCGGACUUUUUAUCCUCUCUUCCUAAUUCUUGCUUCUUGAUUCUGGUGGAUACGUUGUACAAAUUUUGCUCCCAGGACGAUGAUCUUAACAUUGCGCUAACGACGGUUACCUUCUUCUGGGUAUUGUCGGAUUUUCUGUCUGCAAAAGAAAACUCUCUAGAGAUCAGAGCGGAUCUAUUGAAUGGAUCUGACGAGUCCGAGCUAGAAAGAAAGGCAGCAGAUCACACACAAAAGGGCUCAGAUGCUGCCUUGUGGAUGCUACUACUUCUCAGAUUAGCCACAGUCGCCUCGGAUGAGCGUCUUGACUUGCGAAAUUCGGCCAUUCAAACAUUGUUGAGAAUCUUUGAUGCAAAUGGCGGCCGCCUUAAUCCAGAGGCUUGGUCAAUAUGCAUCAAGUCGGUCAUUUUCAAACUUCUUUGUUCCCUAGAGGAAGAACUUGACGCCGCAUCUAAUGAUGAUGUAAAUGAAAGGGACAAAGUGGACUGGCACGGCACUGCUGUUGUGGUGCUUGAUGGCAUUUCCGGCCUUCUUGCCAAUCACAUCGAUGUUCUCACAGCUCAUCCGUCAUUCAAUCAGCUUUGGCGAGAACUUCUUGGGCAUUUUGCCACCUUGCUUGAUUUCAAGGUUCUUGAGAUCAAUACUGCUGCUUUCAAGGCCCUGAGUCAUGUUCUCUCACAAACUGGAGACAACAAGAAACCAAUCUUCAAUAAGAUGACGGUUGAAUUCGCGUGGGACUUGUGGUCAAGGGGCAUUCCGACCUCAAAGGCGGUGGGCGACAAAGCAGAAGACAAUCAGAACUGCUUGGUUGCGUACGUCGCGGCACUGCGAGAUGUCUACAAUCUAAUUCAAGAAGAUUUGACUGUUGAAACUGUAAGACGCAUGCUUACCUUGUUGCGUCAGACUGUGGAAGAAGCUUCAGUUAGUACACAUGUUUCAGACAUUGAGCAUGCUACAAGUCUGCAGACUCAAACACUUGCAGCUGUUCAAAUGAUCCGAACCGAUGUGGAAGGCGUGAUAUCAGCCGUGAUCAAACAAGUGUCAGAGUUUGUCACAUUGGCGUACAAACGAGAGCUUUAUGUCUCUGGCUCGAAACGCACCUACGUGGCCAUGUCCAAGGCCAGUAUGAAGCUUGUCGAGACUCUCAUAUUGAACCACGCGUCUGAGAAGGACAUUUAUAAUAGUGGUGCGUUUUCGGAUGCGCUGUCAGCUCUUCACAAGCCAAUUGCUUUGAAAUACGACUUCCCCAUCUCUACAAAAUCAGUCCAGCCUUGGAGACUAGCAACCUCGUCAGUGCUGUCCAUACUGGAGGCUACACUCCCAAAAAUAAGGGCGCUAGGAAUUCCCAGCAACACUGUUCAGGAAAUCUGGGUUGCCGUCGUCGGUGUGGCAGAUGGUAUCCUCAGUGCGGAGUGCGAUGAGAAUGCCGAUGGAGCAUCCUUUGACGAGGACGAAACAUUUGACAUUUCAUCGUUCCGCAGCCUUCGAGCCCUCAUAAUUCCAUCUCUUGGCGCAGAUGAUAUUCCCGAUAAAACCAGAAAAUCGUAUGCCGAGAGCCUCUUUAAGAAUUCCAUCAUUCACAAUUUCACACAUACAGAACAAGAAUUCCCAGACAAAGAGGACAAAUAUGGCCUACACUCCCUUUACGCGCCGAGGCCAGGUCGUACGGUCGCAAUUCCGCCCACGCAACGGAGGAGGAUGGCCUACGUUGCUUUCGACGAGCUCUUCUCCUUGGUGUCCGCCCAAGACCCUGUAGAGUCAACAGCCUUCGAACCCAUGAAACAAAAAUCAAGGAAAAAUAAACAAGUUGAACAAGAGGAAAUGGUAUCCACACUUCGAAACCGCAUCGCCAGCAUAGCAGCACCAUUUCUCAUUCUCCGAUGCGCACUAACCAUUCGCGCCUAUGUCGCUGACCAGCCACUACGUGGACAGAUGCCACAACCACUCAGUCAGCGCAAGGAACUAGUCUGGACAUUGACGAAGCUUGUAGAGCUUGAAAGCCGUGGUGAGGCUAUUCCUUCGCUAGAGAAGGCUAGAGGCGAAAGAAGGAAGCACCUUUUGCGGCUUUAUCCCUUGUUGGUAAGAGCAUUAGGCGUCGGCGGAGAUGACACGAUCUUGAGAUUACUGGGAGAGGCGUUGGAGGCUGUUGGCAGUGAGUUGGGGAUCAUUUAG